CGUUUUGGUUACAAAAAUAUUGGUAUGUUCUAUAUUUGGAGUGUUAUAUGUAGUUUAAAACUUUAGUAUUAAUAUAAUAACAUAUUGUUAUGUUAAUCAGGUAUGGGAACCUGUGCCAAUGCUAAUUUUUGCCACGUUGUAUGUUGAUGAUUUCUGUCUGUCUGACUUGGACUUAUUAUAGAGUUGUAUCUACUAAUUGGUAGGAAACUUUGGACGUAGGUUUCUUGCUAAUCGGCAUUCGUUAAUAUGAUGUACCUACAAUAUUGAUGGGACUGGUUCUUCCUGUAGGAUUUGAAAUCAUCUAACCUCACAGUCUGAAAUGAAAAAGUCCAAUUUAUGCGGUCCUUAAUUAACCUCCAAUGUUUCCCUCGUCGAUUUGUAUAAUUGGUAACGACUCGGUCCUAGUUUUAAAUAAACUUGUUGAAUUUUUACUAUCUCCAUUAAGUUGGGUUAACUCAUUUUAUAAAACAACAACAACAACAUUCUGUCAAGUGAUACUAAGUUCUUUCUUUGACAUAGGAUCGUUGAAAGAUUUAACUUGAUGUAUAUAACUGUAAAGAUUAACAAUACAAGCUCAAUGGAUUAAGAAGUGGACUAUUAACUUUCUAGUUGCGAGCUCAGAUGUUGCUUAAUUUAUUUCAAGCUGUCGGGUAGUAACGUCCUUAUCUUCCUCACAAACUUACGCUUCACUAACUAAAUAAGCAGGUUGACUUUUUCUAGGUGAGGAUCAACAGACUUAGACAGUCUCUUGUAAUAGAUCAACAAAUUUUCACCAAGAAUACGAAAAUGGUUGAUUGGUCGUUUGUUCUCCUAGUAAGCAGGAUAUUUUCUACCAUGAAAUUGUGAUUCACUUGUGUUCAUAUAUCUAAUUUCAGUUAAUCCACGUUUAUUCAUUGAAGCCUAAACAUUUAGGUAGUAGUACCCUAACGGAUUUGUUGAUUUGAUUCAUAAUUUUUGCUUACUUUCAAAGAAUAAUGCAUGGUCAUUGUAUUAGUAAAAAUCAUUUUAAAAGUAAUAUAGGGGUAGUGUGACAAUAUAAGUUUUCAUUGUUUUAGACUUUUUUAAAAUGCACUUUUCCGUCCAAAGAACAGUUCUCGGGUAGUUAUGUAUAUGUAUAUGCCAUAAAAUUGUGUUGCUCUACAAAAUAAUUUAAAUACAUACUAAUUUAAAAUGAUUGUUUCAUUCCUAAACUGUCAGUUAUGAAACAGAGGUUUGUUUGUUAAAAUAUUUGACUUUUUAUUUUUGUGUUACAGCUUCAAAUCUGUUUCUUCAUUUCACUGCCCAAGUAGUGUCUAGUAGAGUUUGUCACACGAACAUAAACUUGACCGAAUUCAUAAAACUUGCACCGAGUAAAUAAACUCACUCGAAUUAAUGUUUUUGUUGGUAAAUUUUCCAAAUGAACCAAAGUAGACUAUGUAUUACAUUCGCCCAACCACCACCUGCCUCAACGCGCCAUGUUUUCUGGUAUAAGAGUAAGUUGGAAGAAGGCUAGGAUCAGUCAAUACUAACGUAGAGUCUGGGACAUAUGUGCAUUGGCUCAAGUUGCCAUAAUGCAUUCGCAUGAUGAGACACCCUUAGAGGGCUUGAUCUUAUCCACGUAUGCGUCAUGUUAUAUAUCGCAUCUGAUUCGUUGACUGAAACUGAGCUACAAAUAAUUCAAAGUACACCAUUAUCCAGUAAAAGCAACGGAAAGAAAUGAAACAGACAACUACGUCAUCCUCUGUCAUUAAUACACCUCGACCAGGAGUGAAUAUCACUAGUUCUGCUGGAUUAAAUGGCGACAAUAAGCUUCAUCAUCGUCAUUUAAGUGGAUCCUUACCACACAGUAAUUCUAACGGUACAUCCAGUAUAAGUGACACAAUAAAUAUGAAUAGUAGUAGUUGUUCCAGCAUUGGUUCAUUCAAUAAUAACAAAAAUAAUACUACUAAUGAUAGCAAUAAUAGUAAUAACUCUAGUGUUAAAAUAACACGACAAAAUGAAAUUGACAAACUACAUACUUCUAACAUUAAUGAUAAUAAAAAUAAUACUAAUAAUAGUUGUUAUAAUAAAAUAAAACUAAAACGAUCUGUAAAACAUUCAACGGGACUGCGUCAUUCCCAAUCAUCUUCAAUAUUAUAUCCAUAUACAUUAAAUCAUUCACAUGAUAAUGAUAAUCUACUAUCUAGUUCUUUGAAUGACCGACCAUUUCCACUUACUAGAAAGAAUUCAUUAUCAAAUCCAUUAGAUGUAGCUAUUCCCCUGAGUAAUGAUUUACACUGUACAGUCACAUCAGCACAUAGUUGUGCGGAUCUCACUUCCGAUUCUACUAUUCACGAUGAUCAGUCGAGUAAAAAUAAGAAUGAAUAUCUAGAACCACGUGUUUUUCGGGCGCGAUUCAAUCAAGCUGGUAAUAUUAUUCAAAGAAAAUUAAUUGAACGUAUGCAUGAAUAUUCUAAGAUUGAAAAAAUUCAUAUUUAUGUCGGUACAUGGAAUGUGAAUGGUCGGAGUGAUACUAAUGGUAAUAUGCAAUUGGAUAAUUGGCUGAUAUCACCUGACGGUCAACCACCAGCUGAUAUUUAUGUAUUUGGGUUUCAAGAAAUGGAUUUAAGUUUCAGUGUAAUUACUCUAAAUAAAACUAGUUCUACUGGUCCAGAAGAACGAUGGAUUCAACAAUUAGAAGAAGCUUUAGGUGGUUUACUCAAACGACCUACAUCACAUUCUGUUUGGGCCCAAAGAACAGGUUCUGUAAAAUCAUACGCUGCUCAAUGGUCGCAUCAUACAGGCGGUGGUUAUUUACGAGUGGAACGUGUUCGCCUAGCAGGAAUCAUAAUGGUUGUUUACAUAUCAGCGCGUUUAUCUGCUCAUUUACGUCGUGAAGAAAUCUCUUGUCAAGUUGUACCUACAGGUGUUUUCAAUGUGAUGGGUAAUAAAGGUGGUGUUGGCAUUCGAUUGACCAUAUUUAAUUCUUCUUUAUGUUUUGUUAAUUGUCAUUUGGCUGCAGGUGAAGCGAAUCUUGAUCGUCGUAAUCAAGACUUUCGAGAAAUAACACGUAAAAUGUUAUUUGAAUUUCCAAUGAAUUCAAAAAAUUCCAUACAAUCAUCUGAAAAAGCAUUUAUUUCAGAUCAUGACAUUAUUUUUGUAUUUGGUGAUUUAAAUUAUCGUAUUAGUGGCCUGGAUUCACCUAGUGUUCGUAAAUUUAUUUUCGAAAAAGAUUUCUCUUCCUUACUCAAAUAUGAUGAAUUAUUAAAACUUAUGGAGAAUCGUAAUUUAUUUGAUGGUUUUCAUGAACCUAUUAUCAAUUUUGCUCCAACUUACAAAUUCGAUAUGAAUUCCAAUGUUUAUGAUUCUAGUGAUAAAAAUCGUGUUCCAUCCUAUUGUGAUCGUGUCAUAUGGUCGGGUGAUGGUUGUAAACCAAUUAUUUAUCGUUCACAUCCAGAAUUUGUUUGCAGUGAUCACAAACCUGUUUCUGCGUACUUUUCAGUUGAUCUGCGUCGUAUAAUACGUUCAGCAUUUCAACGUGCUUAUGAAUCCGUUCUACUCAGUAUAGAUUUAACCACAAAUUUAUCACUUCCACAAGCUGAAUUGGAUAGACAAGAAUUAGAUUUCGGUUGUGUGCAUUUUCACGAAUUAUGCAGUCAAUCAUUAACUUUAACUAAUAUUGGUCUGAAUGAUUUUCAAUUUAAAUUCUUACGUGAAGGUGUUGGAUCAUUCCCACCAUGGCUUACAGUUAACCCAUCAUGUGAUACUGUGAAACAGGGCAAUUCUAUCAAAUUAGAAUUUCAAAUAUUUGUUAAUUAUAAAGAAGUGUAUGCAUUGAAUAGUGGUACUGCUCAAUUAUCUACAAUUGUUGUAUUACAAUUAGAAGAUGGGAAAGAUUAUUUUAUCUCAAUUAAUGCUCAGUUUAUUCCAACAAGUUUUGGUUUACCAUUAAUUCUAUUAUUAAGUUUAGAAUCGGAACCUGUAAAUAAACUUUCGAUUAAUGAAUUACACGAGCAGAUAAAGUUGGCUCGUUCAGAAAAUAAUGACUAUUUUAAAACAAAAUUAUGCAGUUUAGUUGAUCGGAAACCAUUCCAUGUUCCGAAAGAAAUCUUUCGUCUUGUAAAUCAUAUAAAUGAAUAUAUAACAGAGCCUGAUCUAUUUCGUCAAAUGGGUCCAUCUUCUGACAUUGGUAUUAUACGUGAUAUAUUGGAUACAACUCCAGUUAAUUGUCCUUUUCCUGAAACAAUUUCUGUACAUUCAAUUUCAUCGUGUUUAUUAUUGUUUUUGAAUACACUCCCGGAAUCUGUGAUACCACAAGAAUUUCAUGAAAAAUGUUUUAAUUCAUUAGCAAAUUUCGAAUCUGCUGUACAGGCUUUACAGCAUCUUCCUAUUUGUAAUCAAAAUUUAUUUUAUUAUUUAAUUACAUUUAUGCAACGUUGUUUGACUUUCAAAGAACAGAAUGGUACAGAUAUUGAUCUACUUGCUCCAUGUUUUGGUGAGAUAUUCUUUCUUGAAUCGUCGUCGAACACAACAACAGCUCAAAAACAUGCUGUUGCAAUGAAACAGCUUAAGCGAGCCGCUUUCAUUAGCAUUUUUCUCCGUCAAAAUUAUUUCAUUUCUAAUCCUUCACUAGUGUCAACAUCUCAACACUAGUUCAUAGUAAUAAUAUUAUUAUUACCUUUUCUAAAACAAAUAGCCUUUUUUCUGUCAAUAAUGACAAAAUCUAUUUUUUAUUUUUCUGUAGUCUCAUCUAUUUUGUUAUUUGUUGUCAAUUUGAGUUUUGUCCCUUUUUUCAUAUUUCAGUUUAUUUUUUUCCCUUUUUUCAUUACUAUAGUCUUUCUGGAUAAAUAAUAAUAAUAAUAUUCAUUCCUUUAAAUUUCAUUUCACAAUUCUCAGAGUUUUCCAUGUAUGUGUACACCUCAACCAUUCUUUUUUUUGUUGAAACAAAAAUAGAAUAAUACAGGGAAACAAUUUUCAAACUGCUGAUAUUUUCCCAUGAAUUCUAUUAUCAUAUUACUGUUAUUACGUAAUAAUAAUAAUAAACUAUACUGUACGAUAAUAUUCUUUCAUGUUAGUCAUAAUAGUAAUAUUGAUAGACUAUAAUCUCAUGAUGUAAAGACGACUAUUUGUAAUUCCAUCAUUUCCAUUUCUUAACAAUCUCAAUUGAUAUCUAAAUGAACUAGCAUUCCAUAAUUUUACGAAUGACGAUGUGUGUCUGUUAAAGAUAAAUGAAGGAGAGUGAAAAUUUUCAUACCUUGCAUAGAGUGUUUCUUUUUCUGUUGUCUAUGUUUAUUGCUUGGUUUAUUUUUUUUGUUUUCUUGUUUCGUCAUUUAUUAUUAUCAUUAUUACUAUUAUUAUUAUCCUGUCGUUUAUACGACGGUGGUUCUUUUUUUCUGCGUUUAGUCAUGUUAUUUAAGAACAAGAUCAAAGUGAUGAGAAUAUUUUUCAAGAUAUGAGAUUGAUGUGG